GCGGCCGCCCUGCGCGCGAAGCUCGUGGCCUGAAAGGGGUGCGGUCGGCCCAGAGGAGGCGGGGCUUUGGGAGAAUUUCUCCCUUCUCAUAGGCUGGCCGCUUCGGCUCGGCCGGCCUCGGGGCCUUGCGAUUCGCGACAGCACUGCCAGUCAGGCCGGAGGGCUCCGCCCACCCGGAGUUGGUGAAAUAGAGGCGGGCGUCAAGUGUCAGUAGUCGCGGGGCAGGUACGCGCGCUAGCAGCUCGCUCGCUGAGGUCGGAGUGGUGGGAGCGGGUUCCAGCGAGUGCAGGAGCGCGGCGGGGCGGGGUGGGAGAAAGUGGCCGCCCGGAGUACGUUGGCGUUUACGCGUGGCGGAGCGGAAGAGUUUUGCUUUUCGUGCGCGCCUUCGAAAACUGUGCCUGCUGUUGGCUGAAGGGUCUGCCCGGAGCCUCCCCUCCUCCGUCCAAAGCCCCGUACAGAGCUCGCCGGCCAAGCCAGCGUGGGCGAGGUGGGAAGUGCGCUCGACCCGCGCCCCCCAAGAGCCCAUGGCUACGCGGGUGCUGACCAUGAGCGCCCGCCUGGGACCUGUGCCCCAGCCGCCGGCCCCGCAAGACGAGCCCGUGUUCGCGCAGCUCAAGCCCGUGCUGGGCGCCGCGAACCCAGCCCGCGAUGCGGCGCUCUUUCCUGGCGAGGAAAUGAAGCACCCGCACCACCAUCCGCAGGCUCAGCCCGCGCCGCCGCAGCCUCCGCAGGCGGCCCCGCCGCCUGCCGCCGGACCGCGGCUGCACACCGAAGAGCUGGUCCAGACAAGAUGUGAAAUGGAGAAGUAUCUGACACCUCAGCUUCCUCCAGUUCCUAUAAUUCCAGAGCAUAAAAAGUAUAGACGAGACAGUGCCUCUGUUGUAGACCAGUUCUUCACUGACAGUGAAGGGUUACCUUACAGUAUCAACAUGAACGUCUUCCUCCCUGACAUCACUCACCUGAGAACUGGCCUCUACAAAUCCCAGAGACCAUGUGUAACACACAUCAAGACAGAACCUGUUACCAUUUUCAGCCACCAGAGUGAAACGACAGCCCCUCCUCCGGCCCCGACCCAGGCCCUCCCUGAGUUCACCAGUAUAUUCAGCUCACACCAGACCGCAGCUCCAGAGGUGAACAAUAUUUUCAUCAAACAAGAACUUCCUACACCAGAUCUUCAUCUUUCUGUCCCUCCCCAGCAGGGCCACCUGUACCAGCUCCUGAAUACACCGGAUCUAGAUAUGCCCAGUUCUACAAACCAGACAGCAGUAAUGGACACUCUUAACGUUUCUAUGUCAGCUGCCAUGGCAGGCCUUAACACACACACCUCUGCUGUUCCGCAGACUGCGAUGAAACAAUUCCAGGGCAUGCCCCCUUGCACAUACACAAUGCCAAGUCAGUUUCUUCCACAGCAGGCCACUUACUUUCCCCCAUCACCACCAAGCUCAGAGCCUGGAAGUCCCGAUAGACAAGCAGAGAUCCUUCAGAAUUUAACCCCACCUCCAUCCUAUGCUGCUACAAUUGCUUCUAAACUGGCAAUUCACAAUCCAAAUUUACCUGCCACCAUGCCAGUUAAUUCUCAAAACAUCCAACCUGUCAGAUACAAUAGAAGGAGUAACCCUGAUUUGGAGAAACGGCGCAUCCACUACUGCGAUUACCCUGGCUGCACAAAAGUUUAUACAAAGUCUUCUCAUUUAAAAGCUCACCUGAGGACUCAUACUGGUGAAAAGCCGUACAAGUGCACCUGGGAGGGCUGCGACUGGAGGUUCGCGCGGUCGGACGAGCUGACCCGCCACUACCGGAAGCACACGGGCGCCAAGCCGUUCCAGUGCGGGGUGUGCAACCGCAGCUUCUCGCGCUCCGACCACCUGGCCCUGCACAUGAAGAGGCACCAGAACUGAGCGCGCCCGCCGCCCACCCGCGAGGCCGCCGCGCAGCCUGCGGAACCAUCCACCUUUACUGUUCCUAUAUAAAGAAAAAAAAAAAAAAGAAAAAGCAAACACACAAAAAACCCCGGAAAUGUAUAUUUUGUAUAUUUGAGAAAACAGGGAAUACAUUGUAUUAAUACCAAAGUGUUUGGUCAUUUUAAGAAUCUGGAAUGCUUGCUGUAAUGUACAUGGCUUUACUCAAGCAGAUCUCAUCUCCUGACAGUCACAUCUCAGUGUGGGGAAGGGUGGGGGUGGAGGGGUGUGUGUGCAGUGUUUUUACCGAGGCACCAUCAUUUUAAAGUGACAGUGUUUAGUAAACAGAUGGGGUGGCAGGCACCGGGAGGAGGAUGGAUUGUAUGUCAAGAUUUUACUUGAUGUCAGGUAGUUUUCUUUUUUCAAUAUUUGGUAAUUCUUUGGAGAGGUACGUAGUGUACCUGGCAAUUCACAAAUAGCCAUUGAACAAAUACGUUUUUGUUUGUUUCUUUUUUUUUUUUUUAAAGAAAUGAGUUGCCUAUAUUUGCUAUUCAAAAUUUUGUAAAUAUGCAAAUCAGCUUUGUAGGUUUAUUACAAGUUUUUUAGGAUUCUUUUGGGGGAAAAAUCAUAAUUCUUUUGAAAAUAACCAUGAAUACAUUUACAGUUAGAAUUUGUGGUAAGAUACCUCUUGACGUUACCAAAUUCAUUUCUUUGGGGGGGGGUUAAGGAAUACUAAUCAUUCAAAUGAACUUUAAAGAAAGCAAAUCUCAUGCACUGAUUUAAAAUAGGAUUGUUUAUUUUAAAUAUGAAAGACAUUUUAUAUGAAUUGUAAACUGAAGAGCUUCAAGAUAGUUACGAUAUACAAAAGUGAAACCUCUAACAAUAAGCUAAAGACAAGUAUCAUUUUUAAAGAGAAGGACUUGGCAAUGUAGUUUUCACAAGGCCGCAUUCACAACGAUGCAGUUUUCCUGAACGGGAACGUUGACUUCACGAUGCAGUUUUCAUAUAUCGAGAUAAUUGCUCGCGCAGUACUGUGGGUUAGGUGACAAUUUAUGUGGAUUUUGCAUGUAAUACACAAUGAGACACAGUAAUUUUAUCUAAAUUACAGUGCAGUUUAGUUAAUCUGUUGUUAAUACUGACUCAGUGUCUGCCUUUAAGUAUAAAUGAUAAGUUGAAAACUUAAGGAAGCGCUACACAUAUGCAAUAUCAAAUAGUAAUGUCAUGCCGAUGCUGAUAACCAAAGGGCAGAAUAAAUAAGCAAAAUGCCAAAAGGGGUCUUAAUUGAAAUGAAAAUUUUAAUUUUGUUUUUAAAAUAUUGUUUAUCUUUAUUUAUUUUGUGGUAAUAUAGUAAGUUUUUUUAGAAGACAAUUUUCAUAACUUGAUAAAUUAUAGUUUUGUUUGUUAGAGAAGUUGCUCUCAACCUGUAAAUAGACGACAAAUGGUGUAAAUAAUUUUGUAAGAGGCUUCAAAAUGUUUAUACGUGGAAACAUAACCUACAUGAAAAGCAUAAAUCAGUUGCUGUUUUGCUUCUUUUUCCCUCUUAUUUUUGUAUUGUGGUCAUUUCCUAUGCAAAUAAUGGAGCAAACAGCUGUAUAGUUGUAGAAUUUUUUGAGAGAAUGAGAUGUUUAUAUAUUAACGACAAUUUUUUUUUUUUUUUGAAAAUAAAAAGUGCCUAAAAGAU